AUGCCACCGUUUAUGUCAGGCUCCAGAGCCAUAUUUUCCUUAAUUUCAUGUCGAAACGCGAUCAGGAACCCGGUUAGCCGUUGUCUGGGGAUCCCACGGCGGAGAUUUGAAUCUGAUCAAAUUAGGAGAUUUGGUUCCCUCUCCAGCGUUGAGAGAUGCUCUUCUUAUGGGUUAAUGUCCAAUGAUGAUUAUGGUAGAGUCUCUUUUGGCACUGCAAGUUUAAUUCAGAGACGGCAUUUUCUGGGUUGUGGAGAUGGUGAAGAAGGUGGUAGUGACUUAUCUAAGAUCUACGAAGAGCGACGUGUUUUGGGGUAUUCUCCAGAGCAAUUGUUUAACGUAGUUGCAGCUGUAGAUUUGUACCACGGGUUUGUUCCUUGGUGUCAACGCUCUGAGAUUCUUAAAGAAUAUCCAGAUGGAUCAUUCGAUGCAGAACUGGAGAUUGGUUUUAAGUUUCUUGUUGAGAGUUACAUUUCCCAUGUCGAAUCCGAAAGGCCGAAAUGGAUUAAGACAACUGCAAGGGACACUGGUGUAUUUGAUCAUUUGAUAAACCUCUGGCAAUUUAAGCCAGGACCCAUUCCAGGAACCUGCGACCUUCAUUUCCAUGUGGAUUUCAAAUUCAACUCACCCCUCUAUCGCCAGGUAGCUUCAAUGUUCUUAAAAGAGGUAGCAACAAGACUUGUGGGAGCAUUUAGUGACCGAUGCCGACUAGUGUAUGGUCCAGGAGUUCGAGUAGAUGAAAACGCAUAUGAACAAAGAGCUUGAGACAUAUCUCUAUAUACAUAACGGAAGUAACACAUCAGUUUAGAUUCCAUCUUUUGAUUGCUAGAGAGCGAUUACGCAUAUCAUGUUUUGUUAUUUCAUAUAUAUGAAUGCUUUUGCAUAUGAAGAUCAAGAACACAUCAGAUGUUUGUUUAAAUGUAAAAGCAUAAAAUAAACACAUCCAUAUCUCUUUUGGAGUCUUUUCCUCCUUCAA